UUAAAUUUUUCUGUAAUUACGCUUCAUCGGGAUCGAAAUUUAGGCAGAGGCCGUGGUAAUGGAAGUAAUAGAAAAGAACGUGGUGGCUAUGAUAAUAAUAAUUAUGGUAAUAAUCGGUUUGCGGGUCGUGGAGGCAAUACCAGUGGAGGAGUCAAAGGCAAAAUGCCUGGGAGUGCCUUAAAAAAAUUGAACUGGGACAUAUCGUCAUUAGAACCAGUGAAGAAAGAUUUUUACGUUGAACAUUCAUCUGUAUCAAGAAGAUCACCUGAUGAAAUUAAUAAAUUUCGUCAGACUGCUGAGAUAACUGUAAAGGGAAACAACGUUCCUAAUCCAAUUCAGCAUUUCCAGGAGGGGAAUUUCCCUCCCUAUAUCAUGGAAGGAAUAAGAAAACAAGGAUUUUCACAACCAACAGCUAUUCAGUCUCAAGGAUGGCCUAUCGCUCUCAGUGGUCGAGAUCUUGUAGCAAUUGCUCAAACAGGUUCAGGAAAAACCUUAGGAUAUAUUUUGCCUGCAAUCGUCCACAUAAUUCAUCAACCACCGUUGAGUCCUGGAGAUGGGCCGAUAGCUUUAAUUCUUGCACCGACUAGAGAAUUGGCACAGCAAAUUCAAGAAGUAGCCAAUUAUUUUUGUGAAACAGCAUCAGUAAGAAACACAUGCAUAUUUGGGGGAGCUCCAAAAGGACCUCAAGUAAGUGAUCUUGAGCGAGGAGUAGAGAUAUGCAUCGCUACACCUGGAAGAUUAAUUGAUUUUCUUGAACGUGAAACAAUAAAUUUACGACGUUGUACUUAUUUGGUACUUGAUGAAGCAGAUAGAAUGUUAGACAUGGGAUUUGAACCGCAAAUACGUAAAAUAAUUGAACAAAUUCGACCUGACCGUCAGAUUCUUAUGUGGUCCGCAACGUGGCCAAAGGAAGUCCGUACUUUAGCUGAAGAUUUUUUGACUGAUUAUACACAAUUAAAUAUUGGAUCAUUGACUUUGUCUGCUAAUCAUAAUAUUAUUCAGAUAAUUGAUGUGUGUCAGGAGUUUGAAAAAGAUAUUAAAUUACAGCGACUGUUGCAAGAAAUUGGCACUGAAAAAGAAAAUAAAACAAUCAUUUUUGUUGAAACUAAACGUAAAGUUGAUGACAUUACAAGAAAUAUAAGAAGAGAUGGAUGGAUAGCUCUGAGUAUUCACGGAGAUAAAAAUCAACAUGAGAGAGAUCAUGUUUUGCAAGAGUUCCGUAGUGGACGGGCACCAAUUCUCGUAGCAACUGAUGUAGCAGCUCGUGGUUUAGACAAAAAUGAAUUUUCAGAUGUUGACGACGUGAAGUAUGUUAUAAAUUUUGAUUAUCCAUCAUCAUCAGAAGAUUACAUACAUCGUAUUGGACGUACUGGUCGCCGACGUCAAAUUGGAACAGCAUAUGCAUUUUUCACUACACACAAUAUGAAGCACGCUGAAGAUUUGAUUGCAGUAUUACGAGAAGCUGGCCAAAAUAUAAAUCCACGUCUUAGUGAGAUGGCAGAACUCGCUAAAUCCUCGCAACAUGUAGGAAAAGGUGCAAAAAAAUACGGUGCUCAAAUCCCAAGAAUCAAUGAACGAGUUGACAACAGGCGUCCUGGCAAUUAUGAAAACAAUGGGAAAGGCCGAGGGAAUACUAUUAAUAACAACAAUAAUUACCGAGGUGGAACGUCUUAUCAAUCUGCUAUUAAUGCUUAUUCAGGAUCGAAUUAUAAUCAACCUGCGAAACAAUCAUUUGAUCAAAAUUAUUCUUAUGGUUAUACUGCACAAAGAAGUUACGCACAAAAUGAUUCUGCGGCUUUUCGUGAUCGUGAUCGGAACGAUAGGCGAGGAAAUGGAGGCGGUGGUGGAGGACGAGGUGGAUCUGGAGGUGGCGGUCGUUUUGGAGGCAAUAGAGAUGGUGGAUCUCGUUAUGGGAAUAAUGGAGGCAAUCGUGACAGCGGUGGAUUUGGUGGUGGGAAUUCAUUUAAAAACCGUCAACCAGGUGAAAGAUUACGAAAACCAAGAUGGGAUUUAGAUAGUCUCCAGCCAUUCCGUAAAGAUUUAUACCAACCAAAUUUAAGUGUCACCGCCCGUUCAACCCAUGCUGUUGACGCUUACCGCUCCAACAGAGAAAUAACAGUAAAAGGUUUAACAAUACCAGGACCUAAUAUUUAUUUUGAAGAUGGUGGCUUUCCUGAUUACAUUUUAACUGAGUUACGUAGACAAGGUUUUGAUCAACCAACAGCUAUUCAAGCACAAGGUUGGCCGAUUGCACUGUCUGGCCGUGACAUGGUUGGAAUAGCACAAACUGGAUCAGGAAAAACUUUGGCGUAUAUUUUACCAGCAAUCGUCCACAUAAAUCAUCAACCGCGUUUAAACAGAGGAGAUGGACCUAUCGCUCUUGUAUUAGCACCAACGAGAGAACUUGCACAACAAAUCCAACAAGUUGCUGCUGACUUUGGUGUUUCAUCACAAGUAAGAAAUACUUGUAUAUUUGGUGGAGCACCAAAAGGACCACAAGCACGUGACCUUGAGCGGGGCGUUGAAAUUUGUAUUGCAACACCAGGACGUUUAAUAGAUUUUUUAGAACGUGGUACGACUAACUUACGACGAUGCACUUACUUAGUACUUGAUGAAGCUGAUAGAAUGUUAGACAUGGGAUUCGAACCUCAAAUAAGAAAAAUUGUUGAACAAAUACGACCUGAUAGACAAACACUGAUGUGGUCAGCGACCUGGCCGAAAGAAGUUAGAAAUUUAGCGGAAGAAUUUUUAUCUAAUUAUAUUCAAAUAAAUGUUGGUUCACUGACAUUGUCAGCUAAUCAUAAUAUCCUUCAAAUAGUUGAUGUGUGUGAGGAGUACGAGAAAGAAAGUAAACUUAUGAAGUUAUUAGAAGAAAUUUCAAAUGAACCAGAAAAUAAAACUAUAAUAUUUGUUGAAACCAAGAGAAAAGUUGAUGAUAUUACUCGGGCUAUCAAUAGAUACGGAUGGCAAGCGAUUGGCAUUCAUGACGUUGAGGAUGUCAAGUUUGUGAUAAAUCUUGAUUAUCCAUCGAAUUCUGAAGACUAUGUCCAUCGUAUUGGACGAACUGGACGUUCAAGGCGAACCGGAACGGCGUAUGCUUUUUUUACUCCUAACAAUGCGCAUAAAGCCAACGAUUUGAUUCAAGUUUUAGAAGAAGCUAAACAAGUUGUUAAUCCAAAACUAUAUGAACUUGCAAGAAAUCCAAAUGCUUUCAAAAGAGGAAGAUUUUCGGGAAGAAAUGGAGGUGGAGGUGGAUCACGUGGUGGUAAUGCGCGUGGUGGUGGUGGUGGUGGUUCUCGAGGUGGCCGAGAUUCCGGUGAUAGAAACAGAUUUGAUCGUAAUAUUGGAGGAGAUCGUGGUAUUAGUGGAGCCGGUGGGAAUAAAUGGGGUGCAAGUGGUAUGGGCGCAAAUAGUUAUAACAGCAAACCUUUUUCGUCAAAUAACUACGGAGGAGGUAAUUCAACUAGCAACAGCUAUAAUCAAAAUGGUAACUCGUACGGAAAUAGUAAUUCUUACAACCAACGAAAUGGUUAU